GGGCAGGGCAGGGCGGUGCGGCGGCGGCGAGGAGGGAGCGUUGGGCCUUCCCGGGCCGGCGCUGGCCCUGGAGCUGCAGUGGGGGCCGCCGUUGAGCUCAAGGCGGCUCCGGCUCCAACAUGUCCAACCGAGUGGUGUGCCGCGAAGCCAGCCACGCCGGGAGCUGGUACACGGCCUCAGGACCACAGCUGAACGCACAGCUAGAAGGUUGGCUUUCUCAAGUCCAGUCUACGAAAAGACCCGCAAGAGCCAUUAUCGCACCCCACGCAGGAUACACGUACUGUGGCUCUUGUGCUGCCCACGCGUACAAGCAAGUGGACCCAUCUGUCACCCGGAGAGUUUUCAUCCUCGGGCCUUCUCAUCACGUCCCCCUCUCCCGCUGCGCCCUUUCUAGCGUGGACAUAUAUAGGACCCCCCUGUACGACCUCCGCAUAGACCAAAAGAUUUAUGGAGAACUCUGGAAGACAGGGAUGUUUGAACGCAUGUCUCUGCAGACAGAUGAAGACGAACACAGUAUCGAAAUGCAUUUGCCUUACACAGCUAAAGCCAUGGAAAGCCAUAAGGAUGAGUUUACCAUUAUUCCUGUACUGGUUGGAGCUCUGAGUGAGUCAAAAGAACAGGAAUUCGGAAAACUCUUCAGUAAAUAUCUAGCGGAUCCUAGUAAUCUCUUUGUGGUUUCUUCUGAUUUCUGCCAUUGGGGUCAAAGGUUCCGUUACAGUUACUAUGAUGAAUCCCAGGGGGAGAUAUAUAAAUCCAUUGAACAUCUAGAUAAAAUGGGUAUGAGUAUUAUAGAACAACUAGACCCUGCAUCUUUUAGCAAUUACUUGAAGAAAUACCAUAACACUAUAUGUGGAAGACAUCCCAUUGGGGUGUUACUAAAUGCUAUCACAGAGCUGCAGAAGAACGGAAUGAAUAUGAGCUUUUCCUUUUUGAAUUAUGCCCAGUCGAGCCAGUGCAGAAACUGGCAAGACAGUUCCGUGAGUUACGCGGCGGGAGCACUCACAGUCCACUGAAGCUUGGAGUCCUCAGGGAUGCUGCCUGCACAUCCUCAUUCUCUGCCUGGGUCCCAGCCUAACCCUCACCAAGAUGCUCGUCUUGGUUUGGGGGAGGGAUUCUGAAACCUCAAACUAAUAGAAC